CCGGACGCCCCAAAAGGGAAUUCCGGAGUCCAUAAGGGUUGAUGGUGGUCAUCAUGAGUUCAUGGGGUAAUCGGCAAGCCUUCAACGGCCACCACCUUUUGACCCGUACUAUGUAAAUUCAAGGACAACAACGGCAGAGAACGAUGGGCCUAGUAUCGAUCAAGAGGUCCUCGCGACCAGCGACGACGACAGUAGCCUCGAAUAUGUGGAGCCUAUUGAGUUCACUGCAGACGAGGAUCUCGAGCGAUGGGAUACUGAUGCGCCGCCGCACGCGCCAUUCUCCGGGGGCGUAUCUCUUCCGUGUGUGAUCCCACAAACGACGAAAACGAUCAAGGGAGCCUUCUUCAGCCCGUUCGUGCGAGCCUACGUGCCGGAGCUCGCGGCUCAUGGCAUUCGAGAGGCCGACUUUGUCACCUUUAUUGACGGGCUCAACGAAGCAUUCAUAGCACAUCCGAUAUUCCAAGGCCUUGGGAUCGUUGGAGGUGUGAUGAGCAUGUUCUAUGGAAUCACCCCGGUCCAAUGGGCCGGUGCCGGAUUACAGGUCGCAUCCGGAGUCGCCAGUAUUGCCACUUCCUACCUCAGGACGAGGGCUUAUAUGAAAGCGGUGAAUCAAGACCUGUUCCAUCCCUCCGGGCUACACCUUAAUAUCAUGACCACCACGAACAUGAUGAAGAAGGUCGGUUGUCCAGAGGACAAGCUCCAGCUGCCACCUCUUGAGUCCAACAGCGACCUAGAUCAAGAUAUCUGGUCUGACGCAAAGUCCACAGUGGAGGCGUCUGACACCAGUUCACCGGCACAAGACGACCCGAGAAUGCGCAGAGUCAAAGCUCUGCAAGGUUAUGUGAUGCCGAUAGAUUUGGAUGUCCCCGCAGCUGUUGCGCCUGAUAGUCUCUUUCGCAGAAUGGGGGCCGCUCGGGCGGCGAAACAGAUGCGAAACCAAGAACGGAAGAUGACGAAGCAGCGGACCAAGGGCGAAACGAAGUUUCAGAAAAAGUCCAGGGCGGCGGAGAAGAAGCAGAGAAAGGGGGAGGAACGGAUUGGAGGGGUGCAGCGCGAGUUCGCCAGCAACAAAGCUGCCCUGGAAAGAAGAAUGACAGAAACUCAGGACCCGAAACAGCAAGACAAAGCAUUAAAAGCGUUCGAGAAAAAAGAGAACAAGUUGAAUAGUAAGCUGGCAAAAAGAAUGGCCAAAAUGGACAAGCAGGUCGACAAAAGGCUGAAACAAGCCGAAGCAGGGCGGUCAAAGGUCGACGGUGAGGAGGCGAGGAUCGCGCAUAAGGUCAGAUGGAUCGUGAUAUCGCCGUGGAAUGGCGGCGAAGGCUCUGAUGAAGAUUCUCUGCCUAGUUCGGAGUCCGAGGUCGACGCUCAGCAUGUGGUUUAGAUGUCAUAGAACAUAGAUCAUUCGGAGA